GAGACUUACCUGGUUAGGUAAAUGAAUCCAGUUCAUUUCAGUUGGGAGCGUGAAGUAAACGUGAACUUCACCAACACCAUCAUUUCGAAAGCGGGUUAAAUGAUAAUGUGGCAAAGGUAACAGAUUAAAGGUUGAAAUUAGGCUUGAAAGUAACAGCAAAGGAUUCUUGAGGUUCAUAGAAAAAAAACAUACAAAAAAUGCCGCGAGUGUUUCUGGUUAAAAAGACGAGCACCACUUCCGGGAAAAGAAACUGGAAUGAAGUACCUGACUGUGUGCGCGGGGACAUCUACACACCAGUGUGGCUCUUCACUCGUCAUGGCCAUGAUGAGUGUGCACACAGCCCUGCUGAGCUGCCCGUCUGUCCCUCUACCCCACAAAGCAAGACCACACACACACACAAUCAAUCUCACAGCUCGACUGCCCAGCUGUCCUGCUCUGCCAUGCAGGAGUCGAGCUCACACAGGCCUCCUUUCAUCUGCUCAAAAAAUAAGAUUCCUGAGAUGGAAAAUGAAACAUUGAAUGUCUCACAACCCACACCAGAUUGUUUUUCCUGCUCAGUAUGCCAUAAGACUUUCAGUCUAGCUCGAGUGAUGAAACGUCAUUUAAGGACUCAUAGUGAUUUUAAGAAGUACUCAUGCGAAUACUGUGGGAAAGGCUUCAACGACACUUUUGACCUUAAGAGGCACGUGCGCACCCAUACAGGAGUGCGGCCCUUUAAGUGUACUGUGUGUGAGAAGGCCUUCACUCAGCGCUGCUCUCUGGAGUCUCACCUAAAAAAGGUUCAUGGUGUUGUCCAACAGUAUGCCUACAAGGAACGUAGGGACAAGCUGUAUGUGUGUGAAGAGUGUGGCCUGACUGCUGAGACACAGGACAGCCUGCACAGUCACAUCCAAGUCAAACAUCCCAACAGCAGGCUUGCCAAAGCCAAAUCCAAAGGCAGGAAAAGGAAGGCACAAAACCGUGGAGGAAGUGUGUCUCCGUGUUCUCCUCACUCGCAAAGUGAUGCUGAUGCUGGGGUUUGAGUAAAGCUGAAAUGACAGAUGACUAGGGAAAUGACCCACUCAUGAUCUUUUAAAUCAGGUGGAAGUGGUCAACGGUUAUGGUUUAGAUCAGACAAGUUAAAGUAAAGAUCCCAGCACUGGAAACUUCUUCCUGAGCAAAGCCUUUAACCUACACAUGCACCAAAAAUUCCUUUUUGGAAUAAAUGAAUAAUAUGGA